AUGAGCGCAAACCCCGGAAAUGUUCCCGAUGCCUGGGAGGAUUCGUGGGAAAACCAAGUCGAUACACUAGACUCAACGUCUACCCCGCCAGAGAAGAAAGUCUCGUCAAAGGUGACCAAGGCGCAACGCCGAGCGCAACAAGCAGAAUUCAAUCGCCAACUAUGGGCUGAAGCUGACACCCCCGAAACAUUCCACUUCGCCGAAGCCCGCGCGGAGGUACCUCUGAAGCAGGACUUCAAGCCGGCCGUCACACUACUCAGCAGGAAACCGCAGCUAGUAACGAGACAAAAUUCUUCAGGGGGAGUUCGACUUGCAGCAGCGGGACUCAAUCAACUUGGACUUGACGACGACGACUCAGACGACGAAAUCAAGCCGGCCGAGCCAACACCCGAAGAGCGCCACGCCAUCGCACUCAGGAACCGGGAAGAGAAACAGCGCAAGUACGAAGAAGUUCGUGAACGCCUGUUCGGUAGUUCUUCUGCUACUGUCUCUGGCAACUCAUCGCCGGGGAGUACGACCCCGCCUCGACAGAACCAUACCAGUGAGGGUAGAGGCAGGGGCAAGGGCCGUGGUGUUGGUGGCGGUAGCAGGGACCUGCGAGAGAAGAGAGACUCUUCAUCUGCGUCUAGCAAGUCAUCUAGGCAUCUCUACGACCCGUCUAGUCCUGGGAAAUCUAAUGCUCCGUUCUCUCGGGGAGGAGGCCGGCCGCAGGUUGAACGGUCUGGCUCUGAUACACCUCCGCAGCAACCCGUGCGCGCUCCUCGAGGCCCUGAUGCCAGUGGAAGAGGUGGAUUCAAAUUUGGCAAUAGAGGUUCUCGGACUGGUUAA